AUGGCCCCUAAAUACACCCCAGCUACAUUGGAUACUAUCAAUAUCUCGUCAUCAGUAUUGUUAUCCUUGUUGAGACACACUUCUGAACAUUACCCACAAUUAUUCUCUGGUGCUUUAUUGGGAUUCGAAGAUGAAAAUUUAAUAGAUGUUACUCAUGGAUUCCCAUAUCCAUAUCCAGAUCAAUAUGAAGGUGGUUCUUUCAAAUCUAGAAGUGGUGGUCAAUAUCAAAAAGAUUUAUUGGAAAACUAUAAAAAAUUAGGAUAUGGUAUUGAAUUUUUGGGAUGGUUCCAAUCAACCGUAUCAGGAAAUUUCAUCACCAAUCAAUUAAUCGAAGCCUUGGCUCAACAACAAUUAAACAAUUCUAAUGCAUUCAUAUUAGUCAAUGAUUUAUCCAGUGUCGGACAAGAAGUCUCCAUCAAAGCUUUGAGAUUAUCUACUGGUUUUAUGAAUGCUUAUAUUGAAGGUAAAUGGAAGUCUAAAAAUUUGGAAGCCAACAAAACUUCUUUUUUGAACAUUUUUGAUAAAUUAAAUUUGAAUAUCAAGAACCAAAAAUUGGUCGAUGUUUACUUGUCAAGCUUGUCUCCAAAACCAACCGCUGAAUCAGAAUUAGGUGUACUUAAUCUUUUAUCCAACCUGAACUCCACUGGUCAAUUGUUGGAAUCCUUAUACGGACAAAUUGAUUCCUUCAACUACGAUCAAAACAACUUCAACUACUACCAAAGACAAUACCAAAAGGAACAAUCCAAGAUUCAACAAUGGAAACAACAAAGAAAAUUGGAAAACUUGGAAAGAGCUAAAAGAGGUGAAAAGGAAUUGGAUACCGAUGAAUGGAAAACCAUUUUCAAAUUACCAAUUGAACCAUCAAGAUAUAACAAUAUUUUACACAGUCGUUCUAUUGAUGUUUUAUCUGACGACAUUUUAAAGAAGUGUGAUGAAGAGUUGAUCAAAAGCUUUGCUAUUGAAAGAAAGUUGAGUGCUUAA